AAAAGUUACAGAGAACUAAUAGAAAUAAGAUUUAUUUUGUGAUUUUUCAGAACAUUUGGAGUAAGCUUCUAAAAAUGCGAAAAACCAAAUUCAUUGACUAAUAAAUAUAAAAGAAGAAUUUAUUACUUCAUUUUUCUUACGUCACUUUCGUUAUGUCAACAAUUACAUGUAUGAUUUGUCAAAAAUCUUGUUUUUUACAUUAUUAAUGAUUUCGAAAAAUUAUGUCAGGAUCAAAUCCUUUUUCGGGUCUAUUUGACAUCGAAGAAUCUAAAAAAACUGGCAAUCUUAAUGAUAUACUAGAAAAUAUUUUCAGAUUCACCAUUAAUCCAAAUAAAACUUACAAUCAAGAUUUACUGUAUUUGGAAGAUGUUCAUAAUGUUCACGAAAAAGUUGAUUUAGACUUAAGUUUAUUACAGUAUGCCUUAUUUGAAAGACUAUUUUUAUGUAACGACAAUUCUGAUUUGAGAAGUGACACAGAGAGCAUACAAGAAACCAAAGUUAUUACAUACUUAUACCAUUGCAUGCAAAAUUUGAAUAAUCACUUAGGCCAAUUAAGUUCUGAACAGUAUGAAGAAGUUAAAGAUAAAAUUUUACAAAAUGUUGCUACUGCUAUUAUACAACCAGACGUAUAUUCAGGACAAAAUAUCUCUGAGGAUAUUUUGGGUAUAUUAAAGAAUGGUGAAAUUGGGGCGGACGUAUUUUUUAUAGAAUCCAUUAAAAGAGUUUGUAUAGAAGAUACCAGUUUGGAUUCUCUGAAAUUUCUUGUAGAAUCAAUAAAUACUAUAAUAGUGAAUGAAUUAUUUAAAUGUAGUUUGACUGAUGUAAAUCCUUGUAUUUUCAAUUAUUUCGAUACUAUACCUAACUAUGAUAUAUUAGCAGAUGUAUUUAUAGAAAGCUGUUUUCCUAAGAAAAAAAAUAUUGGAGGCGAAUUCGCCCUAACAGUAAUAGGAGCAAUUUUGAAUCAUUCUGUAUUACCUAAAACUCCUGUUGGUAAAUUUAUACAUUUUACAAAUCCUAUGGACCAGAUGGGAAAUGCUGGUACGGAAAAAUUCCUUUGGGUUUAUCUUUCUAAACAGAAUCAGCAUUUACAUAAAUUCUUUCUUGCAAUGUUAAAGUGUAGUCCAAAAGUAAAAGAAAAAACUUUAUUGUGGUUGGGGAAUUGUUUGCAUACCAAUGUCAAUAGAGGCAAAAUAUGGAACACUCAUGCUCCCGAAUUAAAUCCCGCUAUAUAUACUAGUGUGACAGAUGGUUUUAUGUUGAAUUUAAGUAAUUUGUUGUUGAGUUUGUGUCAACCGUUUUGUUCAAAAACUAAUGACGAAAGGGUAUUGAAAGUGGAUCCGACAUAUUGUGCAGUACCAAAUGAAGAUAUCGAACAAAAACAUAUCCACAUGUCUGAUAUGUCUACUGAAACUUGUUUUUUACCAGUAUCCUCUGAUGAUACUUUAGAAGAAAAAAGAUUGAUGGCGAAUAGUUAUAAUUUCGUAACUGAAUGUUUCUUUAUGGCUCACAGAUCUAUAGAUUUAGGAUUUAGAGUGGGUGUUGAUAAAUUAAUUCGCCAAAAUCACGAAAUGGGUAGGAUUCAAAGGGCAUUUAAUGAAGCUUUACAACAGGCCGGUGGUAAUUCAGAUUUAGUAGGUACAAUUAAGGACAGAAUGAGUGAUGAAUUGACAAAGUAUUUAUCAUUAAAGUGUGCCCUGUCGGAUCCAGAUAUGUUACAAAAAAUGUUCGAUUUGAUAUCGGCAACAUCUUACUGGUUAUGUCAGGUUUCGGUUCACCGACACACUCCGGAAUCGACUGCGUAUGCACCGUUAAAAGAAUUACCAGUAAAUUUUCCGUUAGAUACCAGAGUACCAGAUACUUUGAAAUGCAUUCCAGAAUUUUUAGUUGAAAAUAUUGUAUCAUUCCUAGUAUUUAUAAGAAGAUUCUCGCAGAAAAGUUUCGAAGAACAAGGAUACGAUAAACUCAGUCCGAUAUUGACGUUCAUUUUAGUUUACAUGGGUUCUAGACGUCACAUGAAAAAUCCACAUGUUAGAGCCAGAUUAGCAGAAGCUUUAGAGUCCCUUCUUCCUUUCCAUAAGGAUGAACCUCAAGGAAACAACAUAGGAGGUGCACAGAGGAGGAUGUUGUUCAAUGAACAUCCUCAUAAAGGAAGAAUUGUUGAAAAUUUGAUGAAUGUUUUUGUAGAAAUCGAAAUGACCGGACAAAGUGUUGAAUUUGAACAAAAAUUCAAUUACCGUAGGCCAAUGUAUGCCGUAUUUGAUUAUUUGUGGGAAAUACCGGAACAUUUAGAUAGUUUUAGACAAUUAGCUGAAGAAGCGGAAACGAAUAUGGAAGCAGUAAAUCCUCCUUUAUUUUUAAAAUUCUCCAAUUUAUUAAUCAAUGACGCAAUUUUUUUGUUGGACGAAGCGCUAGCGAAUAUGGCGAAGUUAAAAGAAAUGCAACAAGCACAAGAUAGUGGUGAAUGGGCUAAUAUGAACGUGAGAGAGAGGACACAAAAUAUUUCUUACAUGCACCACAUCGGUAAUUUAGCAAGAUUUGACAACAUACUAGGCAAAGAUACGAUAGGAAUGUUGGAAAAAUUAACUUCGAAAAUAAAUCUGGUUUUUACCCAUAGUACGAUGGUAGAUAGGAUAGCCGCCAUGUUAAAUUACUUUUUACUGAAUUUGGUGGGACCUAAUAAAAAAAAUUUCAAGGUAAAAGAUGCCAAAGAAUACCAUUUCGAUCCGGCAGAUACGGUUUUGGAAAUUUGUAAGAUUUACGUAAAUCUGAAAGAAAGCGACGCUUUUUGUCUCGCUGUAUCUCAAGACGGUCGCUCAUACAGUCCGAAUCUCUUUUCUUUGGCCGAAGAUGUAUUGUUGAGAAUCGGCGGUGGACCAUUGAUAGGUGAAUUGAAAGAAGUAGCGAAUAAAGUAGCGGAAAAGGCUAACGAAUAUAUGGCUAAUGAAGAAGUAUUAUCGGAAGCGCCUGAACACUUUUUAGAUCCCAUUAUGUCUACCUUGAUGAUGGAUCCUGUAAUUUUGCCAAGCUCCAAACAAAUCGUCGAUAGGAGUACAAUUGCGAGGCAUUUGCUAAGCGAUCAAACGGAUCCCUUUAAUCGAUCACCACUUUCCAUGGACCAAAUAAUACCACAUACGGAAUUAGCAGAAGAAAUUCGAAAUUGGAUAGACGAGAGGAAGAGAAAAGCGGGCAGUCAAUCUUAGGAAUUUUUUUUUUAAUCCAUUUGUAUCUAUGCAGCAACCAUAUUUAUCGAUUAUAUCCAUAUUUUUCUGUUAUUUCUUUCUAAUUUAAUAAAUUGUGAGGGGUCUU